AUGGCCGGCGACAGUUCUCGUUCACCCUCCUCAGGUCCUCCGCAGCCUGCUCAACGUUCACGCCGACGCGCUUCCCGUAGCGCUUCUGUAGCAAGUGACUCUGGAUCACGAGCACCUCGUAACCGUCGUCGUGGAGGCGGAAACCAACAACGACAAGGUGGAGGCGGUGGACUGCCCGGCGUCGGAGGUGGUGGACUCCCUGGCGUAAACGAAGUCGCAGAUACGGCCACAGGCGCAGUAGGAACUGUUGGUGAUACCGUCGGCGGAUUGGCUGGUGGAGCAACAGGUGGCGGAGGAGGAGGAGGAGGAGGAGACAAGCCGUUGAAGCUGAGGCUCGAUUUGAAUUUGGAUGUUGCUGUAGAAAUAAAAGCACGGGUGCAUGGUGAUUUGACCCUUUCGUUGUUGUACGUACCCUCCUACCGAUAUCACUGGCUGGAAGAGAAUGUAUAUCUGAACGUGAUUGUGCAGACGAUAAACUGCAAGAAAUUUCUUGCUAUAUGCUACGAGAAAUAUUUCUCGCUCGUGCGUAUCUUUCUUUGGACUAUCACGUUUCCCAUAGAUUUACCUGUUCAUGCUCAGAAGAUCGCGGACUAUCUAAAUACCAUUGUCUUCAGGAACUCUAUCUACAGCCUAUUUCUCUAUUGA